AAAAUUGAAUUUACAUUGGCAGACUUUCAUACUUCUCGAAAAAAAUUUACCAUGAACCCUCGAAGAAAACCGCGAAAAAUCAACAAACCAAAGACCAAACUGGACGAAAUGGAAAACUGCAAUCAGUACGCAUUCUUCAAUGCGAACGAACUGGCGCAAAUAAAGAGUGCACUGAGAAUCAAAGAAGUGUUAAGUAUACCAAUCGCUAUCGGUUGCGUAAUCCUGAACAAGUUGGAGACUUUAGAAGAAGCCAUCGGGAGCGGCGUUAACAUCAAUGAAAUUGGCCCGAACAAUACAACUGCCCUCAUUUGGGCAGUGAAAUUGAAAUAUUUAGACAUGAUCGAAUUCCUGCUCAAUAACGGCGCUGAUCCAAACAUGAAAGUGGAAAAUGGAGAAAACACCGUUUUAAUAGCCCUAGAACACAAGCUAUGGGACGAACAGUCUUUCAUGGAAUACUGGGGCAUGGUUUCCAAAGUAUCGCGCAUCGAAGUGAAUGCGAUCAACAAAAACGGUCACACCAUCCUCCAUAUCGCUGUCCGUAGAGAAUGGGAAAAAUUAAUCAAGCUACUUUUAACGCAAAAAGCCGAUUUGGAUAUCACCAACAUCAAUGGAGUCACCCCCUUAAUGACUGCCUGUUUUCGCAAUAAUCCCCACAUCGUGAACAUACUGAUAAAUCACGGGGCAAAUUUCACCAAAGAAGACAAUCACUGUAGAACUGCGCUGUGUUAUUCAAUAGUUACCGGCGCUAAAUGCUCAAAGCCCCCAUUUCCCAUUGCGGAGCGACUCAGCUUCGAGCUGAAAAAGGACUUUUCGUUCAAGGAGUAUAUUAAACGAAGAAUUGAAAUAAUCGAGCUUAUCCUCAACAAGGAACGCAUUUCGGAGCAAGAAGGUGACCUAUUGGUGACUCUCACUCAGUACCUGGUUCAGCACACGGAAAAUGGCUUAAAAAUUAUUUUGGAGUUCGAUAUUUUUGAACUGUUUCAACGAGUUCUGCGGAAUAUUCAAGACGACGAUAAAAGAAAACUCCUGCUUCAACUCACGCAGGAAUUGCUCUGCUACAAUGAGCAAAUUGUCGGAUUUAAUUGCGAAACUCAACUGAAACUCAGCCGCCAGUUUCUGAGCAGCCAAAUCGGCAUUUUGUGUGUGGAAAUGAUCAAAAACAGACAAUCUCACUUUCGCUCAGCCUUUUACGUUGUUCUGAUGUUCGGCACUUUGAACGAAUUCGGCCAGAACUGGAUGAAGGAGAAUUUUGUUCAAUUCAAGCAAGCUUACAGAAACUUGCCUCCCGACUACAUGAACUGGCUUCAAAGAGAUUUUCCAGAGGAAAAACGACAGAAAUUUAUGAGAAAACAAUUGAAAAAACUAAGAAAACUGAUUGGGAGCCUCGAUGGGAAUGUUGAACGCACUUCGAGAGUUUCGACCGAAGGCAAAACACCAGGUGAAAGAAAAAAUGAACCGUUCUUCAACAUAAAAAAAUCGAAACGACGCAGCCGAGUGCUGAAAGCCAAACUAACGAAAAUAAAGAACAUGGAAAUUGCUGAACGCUUGUCGCUGAAAAACGGGCAAAUUUUCUCGAACCAGCUGAAGGAAAACGUGUGCAAUAGUGCGGAAUUUGCUCCUGAUAUAAAUUCGCUAACGAGCCGAAUUAAGCUGUUUAAUGUGAGAAAAGAGGAAACUUUGGCGGUGAAAGAAUCUGAUGAAACACCAGAAUCACUGUCAUUCUUCUCAAAGAACGAUCGCAAAUUUUACCAAAUAGAACUAGAAAAUGACAACUCUUUAUCAAUGUUCGACGUUCAUGUAGCCAAAGAAGUGGAGGAAAAUGGGCAAAUGAUCGACAUGUUAAUGACCGACGACCUCGAAUGUCCAACUAGCUCCUACAGCAACGAAGAGCAACAAAACCCCAUAUCAACCUCAUUGAAGCAGUUUCUGCAAACUCAGCACGAUAUGCAGGAAAAAGAGGAAACCUGCUUCAUCCCCACAUUUCCAGAGUGGAAGUCAAAGAUCUACAAGCUCCCAUUCAAUGACUGGUCUAGCUUUGGGGAUAGCAUGAGAGUCGACAAAAAGAAGCUCAAAGCCGCAGUUCAGUACAUGAAGAACAUAUCAGUUAAUUACGACAAUACCGCAAACGCUAUAGCUUUGGAUGCAGCUCUGCAGGUUGUAGAUGAAUAUUUCAAAGAAUUACUGGAAAUUAUCUUAGCCAGAACCAAGGCAGGAUUGGACUUGAGCAAAAUUGGGAAAAAAUCCAACUAUCUAGAAAAACACGCGAUUUCCGAGCUUCAAGCCAAUUUCCACCAUUUGAUCAGCUCCAUCUUCUCCCUAGCGCAUUCCAACCUUUCAGAAGCCCUUAGAAAUAUUUAUCAACUGGAAUCCACCUUAAUUCAUCAUUCAAUCAAUGGGAAAACUCUUCUUUCGGACGUAUGUGCGUUGGAGCAAGUGAAAAUCCAAUACACCACAUUCUCAUCUGAAGCUGAAUCUUCAUUUCUCAUCUACGUGGAGAAUGUGCUUAAUGGAUUCGAAGAUUUACGAGAAGAUAUUAAAAUUACUGUAGUGGACGGAGUGGCCACUGUUCUCGAAAGUGCUUCACCCAAUUUAUACGCCAAAGAAAUGAGUGGCUUAAGCCCGCGCAGGCCGAAAAAUAGGAGAAAGGAGCUGCAGGCAAAUGCCAAAACGAUGGAAGGCGCCUAUCAUCUGAUGAAUUCAUUCGAGGAGUUGAUUCAGGAAGAGGAUGAACUAGUGAAGAGUAAAGUGGAAGCAAAAAUUUCGGAGCGGGUUACGAAAAUAUUGACAAAACAGGCGGAAAGUGAGCAACUAAAAGAGCUGGAAGGGAGCCGGUGGAUAGAAAAAAUUCAACAGUUGCACAUUAUGAAGCAGAAUCAGCUACUGCUAGGAAGUGACGUGAAAUUAUGCAAAAACCCCGAUAGAAAUCACGUAAUUUCCCAGGGCGGAAACUUCAAUAUAGUCACUUUAGGAUUGGGCGCAAACAAUCAGCCUUUGGCGGUGAAGAAAAUCCCUAGCAAACAUUGCGUCAGCAACAUUUUAAAAACGGUGGUAAAACCCCUUUUGGGGCUAAGACACAAGAAUAUACUCCACUACUUCGUCUGUACCUUCGAGGAAAGCGACUUGAUAAUAGCAACUCCGCUUUGCGAAUACAAUAUUGGACAGUAUGUGCAACUGCUAAAGGACAGUCCGGAAAAGGACGUCUACGAUCUGAGUCCAAUGGAAAUUGUGCGACAAUUCCUUACAGGACUGGCGUUUUUGCACCAUCAACCCGAACCGAUCGUUCAUGGAAACCUGAAGCCUUCGAACAUUUUCGUGGAUAUUCAUGGAGUGGUUCGCUUGGCGGAGUUCGGAAUCAAUAAGACACUGUUCAAGCUAAUCGAAGCCCCCGAGACCUCCCUAAUUUGGUUUUCCCAAGAAUGCUACAAAGCGUAUAAAGCAACGUCGAAAAUGAACUGUUCUUUAGCUUCCGAUAUCCAAGUGGCUGGAAUGCUGAUUUAUUUCAUUGUAUCAUACGGAGUGCAUCCAUUUGGGCACGAAAUCAGCAUGAUUCUCAAAAACCUGGAAAAAGCCACCUUCAGGCACCCUUCUUCCAGGGAUACGCAAAAUCAAAUAUUUGCCGAUCUCGUAUCUUGGAUGUUGAUGUAUGAACCCAACGACCGGCCGCAGAUGACUCAAGUUUUAUCGCACGUAUUAUUUUGGAGCAACGAUAGAAGGUGGCGUUUUAUACUGAAUUGUUCGGGCAUAUCGACAAACGGGGUUCCUUUGGCGGUGAGUACGAGCCAUCUUCACAGUGCAAUCGACGAAACGUCGACCAAAGAACAAAUCAAAGGCCACUGGGUGAGCAUCGCGCGGCGCAAGUUCCCAAAAAUCAAGUUUCAAAGCGACGAUACUGUGGUGGGUUUUUUGAAAUUCAUCAAGCAGUUCUACGAGACCCAGAUCUUGGAUGAAGAGAGUUUGAACGAGUUGAAAAAUUGCGUUUUGAACUAUUUCCCCGCUUUUCCAUUAACUUUGUAUAGAAUAUUGGAGGCAACUGGCCUGAUCAAGGAGUAUCCGUUUAUUGCUUAUACCGCCACAGAAAGCGUUUUGAGUUAAUUAGUAUUUUUUAUUCCAUGAUCUACAGCGGAGAAUUUAUUGAAUUUUCUGUAAAUGUUGUAUAAUUUUCAUGUUAUCCGCUACCAGGGCAUGUUUACAGAAAUUCGAUGUUUUUACUGGGUUUUAUUCAGCUGCGAAAUCUUAAUAAACGUCAUGUCAAAUAUAGUCUAAUGAUGGGG